CAAGUCGAGUCAGUCUGUCAGUAAGGCCUGGGAACCCUGGCUACAAAGACGUAUAUAUAAUUUUGUGCAGUUGUCUGUGAGAGAGUGUCUGUUAGUCAGUAUAGGACAAGCAUUUAAAGUCUCCUUGCCCCGUUAUAUGGACGAAGCUACGCUGUCCUAGUUUUGGCAUUAUCCUGCAUUGAAGGUGAGGAAGACUUUCUGUACAGAGUCGCAGUAAACACUGGAAUCUUCUUGGGCAAGUUGCUGUGACGGCAACACAGUUGACCAAGAGUUGCAUCGGCUGAGGACGACCCAGAAUGACAGCUGCCACAGAGCCAACGCUCAAACCCCGACAGUUACAGGUGGCGCGGUUACGGAGGGAGGAAGAAGAAGAAAGCUGGAUAAGUGGAGAAGAGCUGUACACAGAAGGAAGCAGCGAUGAUGAGGCCAUAAGCCAGGGCCACUGCAAAAGUCCAGCACACCACCAUCAUCAUCACCAUCACCACCACCCAAAGCCCCCAACAGACCUUCCAUUAGAUGACCCACCAAAGAAAGUAGGGCCACUUCCAAGCACAAGUCCCAAAUCUCCACCUUUGGCUACUUCUGAACCUGCUGCACAGGAUGAUCCUCACUUGACUGAGACAACACGACGCCUAUCCUUAAUGGGUGUUGAGGAAGCUGGAGCUGUUAAGGUUUCACCAAGAGCAACUGAUGAACAGGUGGAAGAACAAGAAGAUGUAAUGUUGUGGCGGCCAAAAAGAGGAUCUAUUAAACUGCCUCAUAUUGAGCUUGAUCCUCCCUCCACUCCACUGCAGCAAGUAUCAGGCUGAAGAGGAAAUGAAAUAUCUUUGUGACAAGGCUUUUGAUAAAUUGUACCUUUACUCUCAUUCUCAUAGUAGAUUGAAGUCUGUCUCCCAUAUGCGGCUUUGUAAUAUAGCUUCUUUCUACACUCCAAAACCCUUAUGGUAAUCACAAUGAGUAAACUAGCAUUAACAACUACAAGUAAGCAAGACUUGUACAAAUACAUUUUUUUGUAUUUACAUUCAGUACAUUAUAUACCAGGGACAUAAAUGUAUGGACAUUUUAUCAUAUAGUAAGUUUGCAUUACAUGUUAUUAAUAGUUUUCAGAUCAAGUUUUACUUCAUUGCCAUUUUGCUCUUCAGAUUUCUUCCCAAUGUGUUUUUGCAAAACCAGGGCAAGUGCUAGAAACAGAAACACUGUACUACAUACAGUAUAAGCAUGGCUGUAGAUAAUCAAAAGUGUUAUGCCAUUACACUUCAGUGCAUUUUUUAAAUUCCUGUUGGCCAUUUUGUCAUGCCUGACCAGCCUGUGAUCUGUCAUGGCUCACACACCUGUUUUAUGAAAAUUACGACUAAUCUUCAAGAUAACCUUGCAGUGAAAUCAAUAACCGUAUCCAACAGAAAUGUUUGACUGUUAAAGGAUUACCCUGUAAAUAUUUUGUAAUGCAUGAAAUGCCAUCAAGAGUAAUGUUAAACAAAACUACAGUUUAAGAGUAUUGUAACUAUGAACAUAGUAAUAUUUUAUAUUUUUCAUCAUUUGUAUUUGUUAUAUAAAAAAAAAACAAUAUCCCUGGGAGGCAUAUCUCUAUACCCUUGUUUCAGUGAAUGAUUUAACCACAAAAAUGGAGAGUAGCUUUUCCAUUCCACCAUUUUAAGUUAUAAAGUUAGAACUUAAUUUUUUCUCCUGUUAAUUAAUUUGUAAUACUAAUCUCUAUUUCUGUACCCUUAGCACCAUUACUGUAUCUGACAACAAAAUCUUGAAACUAUUACAGUAUUUAGUAUUGUACUUUAAAGCUAGCGUAUUGUUAAUUUGACAGUUUUUUUUUUUCUCCAUUUAUACUUUAUAAAUUUCAGUAUACCACUAAUAACUUAUGAAAUUUUUUUGUAUUAUCCUCUAUUUGCAUUUUUUUUUCAUCUAACCACAGAGAAAUGUGGUGAAAUUAUUAACCUUAAAUGAAACCAAUCCCAUAAUUUUUUGGCAAGCAUGCUAUGUUAACAUAUACGUACCUGCAUAAAUAAUAUUCCACGAAAAGUGGUUUACUAAAAUAUACUUUUUCAAGUAAUUAUAAUAAUCUUAUUAACUUAUUUUGUCCUAUCAAUUUAUAAUGGUGGUAGAAAUCUUACUGAAAAUAGAAAAUCAUUUGUCCAAGCACUGCUCUGCCGCAAAAACAAAAUGCCUGAUUACAUGUGUUUUAUCAGGCAUGUGUUUUGUGUACAGGAAUUUUAUUUUCUAUCAAGCACAUACAUUCAUCACAGUCUUAAAAGUCAAAUUAUAUGCCCUUUUGAAUAAUUAUUUAGCAGCUACGCAAAACAAAAUAUAUGCUCAUUGCACUAACUUAUGCUCUUAGUACCCUAUAUUUUUAAGCUAAAUUUUCAUGGCAACCAGAAAUGGACGGGAAGGUAUCAAACAAAUUGAACAAAGCCACGUACAAGAUCUAAGUUUUUUAGUACGUUGUCUAUAUUUCCUAUCUAACUAAUAUUUUAUUUAACACUCACAGUAGAAACCUUCAAUAUAAUUUUCACCAUACAUUUUGAUCUGUGAUCACUAAGUUUUAAUCUUAGUAUUUGAGCAUGUAUCACAAAACAUCAUCUCUGCUGUUAAAUGAAUAUGACUUUCAUCUCAAAUAUUCAUAAUUAUGAAAGCUUAUGAAAAAGGCAUCUAUGAAAUCUACUAUGAGAACUCCAAAGCCAUGAAUAGGUUUCCAAGGGAAAAAUUCACAAUCAUCAUCCUUAUGUACUCUAGUUAAUGCAAAUCAUUUAUGCACAUAAUCAAAUAUGGUGGACAAAGAAUUAUUUGCCUCUAUUUUGCAGUCUUGGUAUAAUCUUUUUCCUAAUAUGCUAUUAAUACUGCAACAACAACCACAUCCCCUUUCACUACUAUACUUCUACAUAUUUUUUACUUCCACAACUAUUAGUCUAUCCUGUUAAUGUACUGUAAAAUUUAAUUCUUAUCUUUAUGCAUGAUGAGAUAACAUUAAAUGUUAUUUUGAAACUACUUAUCAUUUUAAUAUUUCACUGUACAUAGCUUAUGACUAAGAUUUAUACAUUGUACAAUAUGUGCACAAUAUUCUAUAAAAAAAAAUAAAUAAAAUACUAUUCAAAUGUAUAUGUAUACACAACAUGUAUAAUAAAUGUUAUGUCCAGGAUUUUAAAACUGAACAUUACAUAAUCCAGAUAUUUUCUGAUCUAGGCAAACUUUUCACUGAAAUGCAUUGAUGCAAAAUGAAUAGUAAACUACCUACCAUUUUGGGUUUCAUAGUGAAUUUGCAAUAACUGCAAAUACUUGUCUUUAGAUGAGAUUAAGUCUGGUUUACUGUAGCUAUACAUGUACUGAGAGCCUAUUAUAUAUAAACACAAAUAUUUGAAUAUAUGAGAUUGAGAUUUUGUGGAUAUGAAUAUUUUGUAAUAAAAUAAUCAGCUUGUAUUUGUUAAGAGUACCAUUUAUGUCAUUAUCUGAAUAUUUACAUAACCUGUAUAUAUCAAAGGCAACAAACUAUUCACCAGUUUGUUGCUUUUAUAUAGAUCUAUAUGAUGGGACUCAAGUCCUGAGACAAAAACCUUUAAGCGGAAAUAGCCAACGCCUUUUAAAAAGUAAAACAUUCUUCAGUAAUGAUGCCAAAAGAUACCCAGAGCUUUAACAAGUAUGUACCAUGCCCUCCAUUAAGACAUUCUUCUAUCUGGUCUAUUAAGUAACACCAGCAAAUUAUGUAUACUUAGGAAAGAAUUUUGUAAAAAGAAACAAAAGUGUCAUGGGACAAAAUAUUGCACAAAACGAGCAUAAGCCUGCAACUACAAGAUUAACACAUCAUCAGCUAUUAAAAGUGGUUAGAGAAAUAUAGAGCAAACUAAGGCUGUCAUACAGGCCAACAGGAAUGAGGAAACAACUAACAUCAUAUAAGGUACUUAAACUUCAGUAAUAAUGCUGUCAGUAGGGACAACUUGUGAACUACCGAGUGCCCUGUCCACUCGGUUGAAUUUGUUAAUUGGUUUGAGUGCCUUGCCCACUAACUGAAUUUGUUAUCAUAUUACUUAUUAAAAGGAAAAUCUCUACUCUUAUGAUAUUGCCCAAGCAAUGUAUGUAGGACUGAUUUCCUCAAAGAUUUACUACUAGCAAAACACUAGUAAUAGCAUUAUGGUGCAACUACUCAGUUUCAAAGAAUAGGCCGCAAAUCAAACUUUGAGCAUAAUACAGACAAGUCUUUUGCAACUGAAAACUUGGAAUUGGAUGCUCUAGCUCUAUUGUCCUUAGCAUCUUUGUUGGAUUAUACUGUGGUAUCUUGAUACUAUCCUUGAGGGACUGAACUGAUUGAAGAAUAUUACUUUUCCAAGACUUGCUGUUCACCAGCCGUUAUGUAAGUUACUGUAUGUUUUUUCUGAUCUUCAUUUUCUAACUUUUAUUCCUACAAAAUAUGUAAAUGCUGAAAGUUGUUACCUUAUGAAUUUAUCAUUUGUUGCACUGUUUAUGCUACCAGUUUCUCUAAAUUUUAAAUACUUUAGCUUGGUUUUUGAUGACCAACACCUUUUUUUAUCUACCUAACUGCACAUAACUUCAUAUCAAAUUACUGUUUAAAUAAAGAAUUUGUGAUUCUUAA